AUGCUGCAAAUUAUUUUGCUCCUCUUGCCUGGUGUUCUCAGUAAUGAGUGGGAUGUCAAGUACUCUGAUCCAAUCUGUCCUGUGAGGGGAUCCAAUGUCUCUAUUCCCUGCACUUUUACAUAUCCAAAGGGCGAAAUAGUGAAACAGAUGUUAUGGUGCUCUAUGGGAACAAACAGUGGCAAAUGUGAAGACAAGCCAUAUGUUUAUGACAAUAAUGAUCCCCGAAAUUCAGAAAACUUUCAAUACACUGGUGAUAAAACUUCAAAUUGCUCUUUGUUGAUCAGUAAUAUUAAUUUGAGUAGUGAUGUGUAUAAAUUUAGAUUUAUAACCAUGUCUAUAACUGGGCUUUGGACUGGAGAACCUGGGGUGAAAAUUGCAGUAAAAGAUUUAAAAGUGUCCAUGACCAGUUCAAGAGAAAAUGGGACCAUAAAGGUUGGAGACUCUUUGAAUUUGACAUGUAGAGUCAACUGCCCUGGUAAAUUAACUGAGGUUCAGUGGUUUAAGAGCGGUGAGCCAAUACAUCAAUCAGACGCCAUCCUCACCUUCAGCAGUGUUACUUCUCAAGACUCUGGGAAUUACUCCUGUUCUUUGAGAAACUUUAAAACAACUCUAUCUGAAGAAUUUAGACUUUAUGUUGAAGAUUCAUCAGAUCCCACAACAUUCAUGAUUGUUGGACUGUCUUUAUUCUCACUUCUUUUCAUCAUUGCAGCUGUGAUACUCAUAACAAGGAAAACAAAAAAUCAAGGAAACCCAGAUGAAGAAGACAGAACCCAGACUAACGCAGUCACACAUGGAGACCGCACAAGCCUGCAGAGAGCAGAGGACGUGUUGCAGGAUGAUGAAAUACAGUAUGCAGGUGUCAUCAUCAAACCAAAAGGACCAGAACAAAAGUCUACCAGGACGGAGCAUCAAAAUGAAGAUGAAACCAUCUAUAGUGCAGUGACCAAUGGAUAA